AUGACAUCCAAUAUCCUACAACUCCCGUUCCGCCGGUCCCACACCGUCUCGCUCUCCGAUGCCAUCACCCAGUAUAUCUCGUCCAAAUAUGACCAGCGCCCGGAUAUGUUCGCGGAUGAUCUGAUGAUUAUUGAUCGUCUGCGUACCGAGGCUGUUAAUGUUCAGGAACCGCAUAUUAGUGGUAUUAGCCGGUUGGUCACGUAUGCGGCGCAGUUGAAAUGGCUCGGAGGGAAAUUUCCAAUUGAUGUCGGGGUCGACUUUUCGUGGUAUCCGGCACUGGGGUUUAAUUCUGCCCGGCCUGUAUCCCAAAAUAACCUCCGUUUCGAGCUGGCGAACAUCCUCUUCAACCUUGCUGCACUAUACUCACAACUUGCAUACGCGCUGAAUCGGACAACUGCGGAUGGCCUCAAGCAGGCAUGUAACUACUUCUGCCAAGCAGCAGGUGUCCUGGCUCACCUUCGAACCGACAUAAUCCCCGAUCUCCGCUCGUCGCCGCCGGAAGACAUGGACGAGAUGACACUUCAGAGUCUAGAGCAACUUUUGCUGGCGCAAGGCCAGGAGUGCUUCUGGCAAAAGGCUGUCAAGGACGGAUUGAAGGAUGCUUCUAUCGCCCGGCUUGCGGCAAAGGUUUCCGACUUCUACGCCGAUGCGGGUGAUUCCGCGGUCAAGUCCAACGCAAUUAGCACCGAGUGGAUCCACCACAUGUCGGCCAAACACCACCACUUUGCUGCCGCGGCGCAGUACCGGCAGUCGCUGGACUGCUUGGAGAAGCGCAAGUACGGAGAGGAAGUGGCGCGGUUGCGCGACAGCCUGAACUGCGUUAAUGAGGGUCUGAAGGAGUCGCGGUGGAUUAGCAAGACGGUGGUCGGCGAUUUGAACGGGCUGAAGAACCGGGUUGCGGAUGAUUUGAAGCGCGCCGAGAAAGAUAACGACAUUAUAUAUCUUAGUCCUGUGCCGCCCAAGUCGGAACUGAAGAGUCUGGAUCGGGCCAGCAUGGUGGCUUCCAAGGCGCCGUCGCAGGUGACCGAUGCGAUUUCAAUGCUUGGAGAGAAUGGGCCUUUGGGCCAGCCGUUGUUUUCGAAGCUGGUUCCGUAUGCUGUGCAUAUCGCAGCUAGCAUUUACUCUGAUCGCCGGGAUAGACUGGUCAAUGAGUCCUUGAUUGGCGAACUCGAGUCCAUGACUGAUAAGCUAAGAGAUUUGCUGUCAUCACUCAACCUCCCAGGUUCACUACAAGCUCUGGAAAAGCCGCUCGGUGUACCAGGAACGGUAGUAUCCCACGCGGAGGAGAUGAGGCAACAGGAUGGGCUGAACCGCCUGCGCCGGUCAGUCGAGGACACUGCCAAAGUCAAGUUCAACGAUCGAUCGAUCUACAACGAAGGUGUCGAGUUGCUAGCAGCCGAAAAAGCCGAGGACAAUGCGACUCGACGAAAGUAUGGAACAGAUCGAUGGGCGCGUGAGACCUCCGAGGCCGCUGCGCCAAAAAUCUACAAUACGUCGAAAGAGAUCAGUGGGUAUUUCACCUCUGCACAGAGCAGUGACGACCUCGUCGAGCGUAAGCUGCGCGACUCCGAUGCUGUGUUCCGCGUCUUAACAGGAACGAAUCGAGAUCUCGAAUCCUAUGUACCCAGCAGCCGCAGAGCUGCCAUUCCUCCGGAGGUAGAGCGGGAGGCAGUCAAAUUGCGCAGCUGUUUGAGUGAGGUCAGUCGGAUGGAGAACCGUCGGCGCCGGCGGAUUCAGACGCUCAAGGAUAAAGCCCGCGCAGAUGAUAUUCACCCUGCUCUGCUGAAGGAGACUGCACGGUUAGAACGAGAGUUCCCGAUGCAAGCCAUCCAGGCGAGCCAAUUCGAGGAUCUCUUCGAAGAACAACUACGACUCUACGAUUCUGACAACGAUAUGCUCGCGCAGGAGAGGCGAGACCAGGAACAAAUCUCCGAGCAGGUCCGUGACGCGAAUCGAGCUUUCACUCGAGCGAAUAAGGGUGACGCCUCCACCAAGGAGCGCGAGACCGCUCUGCAAGAGCUGGAAAACGGAUACUUGAAGUACAAGGAGAUUAUCUCGAACUUAGAAGUCGGCCGGAAGUUCUACAAUGACCUCGCCAAGAUCGUUAGCCGGUUCCGCGAUGAUGCAAAGGCCUUUGUGCAUCAGCGCCGUAUGGAGGCGAGUCAAUUGGAAGCGGAUAUUUCCAACGUGACUGCCAUGGCAUCACUGCGCCUCUCUCAGCCUCACCUGCACCAGGCCUCUCCCCAGCCAACCCGCACACACCAUCAGCCCUCUGCCUACUCAGGCGUGCCACAAGCCCAGGUACAGACACAGGCACCGGCACAGGUCCCCACUCAACCACCGUCUCAACCCCCAGCCCCAGGCCCAAUCCCCGUACAGAUGCAUUCCCACCGGCCUUCAGGAACCGCCGCACCCCUGACCGCGCCGCAACCAGUACGCGCCGCGGUCGCCCCGCCCUCGGUGCCGAUGCCUGGCAUGUGGUCGCCUGAGAUGGGUAUUCGAUUUGACUCGGCGGGCAUGCCACCCGGUGCGAAUGCUGGACCUGCGACGGCUGCGGCGAGGGGACAGACUGGGACGUGGGAUCCUAGUCAGGGUGUGCGGUUCUCGUAG